CAACAAAACAUAGAACUUGAAGAUAAAUAUCAAAGAAAAAAAUGUGGAACAAGGUCGAAGCACGGAGCAUGGAGAUUUCCAUGGAAGAUGAAGAUUCUAGAAAGAAGAGAAAGAAUGUUCUAAAACUUCCAAAGAAGAUGAAGAAGAUUCUAAAGAAUCUAUGGAAUGUGGGAAAAGAAGAUCCGAGGAGAGUGAUACAUGCUAUGAAAGUAGGAGUUGCCUUAACACUUGUGUCAUUAUUGUAUCUCAUGGAACCUUUCUUCAAAGGUGUUGUAAAAAAUGCACUUUGGGCAGUCAUGACCGUCGUUGUCGUUCUCGAGUUCUCUGCCGGUGCAACAUUACGCAAAGGAUUAAAUAGAGGAUUAGGGACAAUAAUAGCAGGAUCUUUGGCAUUUUUUAUUGAGUGGGUUGCUAUUCAUUCCGGUAAAGUCCUCGGAGGUAUCUUCAUUGGCACUUCUAUUUUCCUCAUCGGAUCGACGAUAACAUACAUGAGAUUUAUUCCGUACAUAAAGAAAAACUAUGACUACGGUAUGCUUGUAUUUCUUUUGACGUUUAAUCUAAUCACAGUAUCGAGUUACAGAGUCGAUACUGUGAUUAAGAUCGCGCAUGCGAGAUUAUAUACUAUUGGUAUUGGUAUCGGCAUUUGUCUCGUCAUGAGCCUUUUGGUUUUUCCGAUAUGGUCUGGCGAUGACCUUCAUAAAUCCACCUUUACUAAGCUUCAAGGCCUCUCUCGAUGUAUAGAAGCGUGUGUGCAUGAGUAUUUUGAGGACAAGGAGAGAGACCAAGAAUCAUCAGAUUCAGAAUCUGAUGAUGAAGACUUAAUCUACAAAGGGUAUAAGACUGUUUUGGAUUCUAAAUCCGCUGAUGAAGCACUCGCAAUGUUUGCAAAAUGGGAGCUAAGAAACACAAGGCUUUGCCAUAAAUUUCCAUCUCAACAAUAUAUCAAAGUUGGAUCCGUUCUUCGCAAGUUUAGUUACACUGUUGUUGCUCUUCAUGGCUGCUUACAAACCGAGAUUCAGACUCCUAGGUCUAUUCGUAUCCUAUUCAAAGAUCCUUGUGUUAGACUAGCCGGAGAAAUCUGCAAAGUCUUGUCUGAACUCUCCGAAAGCAUUCAAAACCGACGUCAUUGCUCACCGGAGAUUCUUUCCGACAGUCUCGAAGCGGCAUUAAAAGAUCUCAACUCCACAAUCAAGUCACAACCUAAGCUCUUCUUAGGCUCUAACCUUCAUAGACAAACUGUAGAACAGAACGACACCGUAUCGCCACUUCCAUUAAACAGCGUCGUUUCACUCUCUAGCUUGAGAUCGGUGAAGAAAUCGGCGGCGACCGGAGAGAAGAGGAGAUUGAGGAAACAAUUAAGCAAAAUCGCGGUUAUGAAAAGUUUGGAGUUUUCAGAAGCGUUACCAUUUGCUGCGUUUGCGUCGCUUCUUAUGGAAAUGGUUGCGAGGCUUGAUACUGUGAUUGAUGAGGUUGAGGAAUUGGGAACAAUCGCCUGCUUCAAGGAGUACGAUAAGACUGUGGAGGUGCGAGUCGAGAAACCGGUUAAUCUAGUGGUUGGAGAUUGAAUUGAUCGGUACGAUACGGUUUCGUUUGGUAUAACAGACUGAUUUUUCCUCCCGGUUUUCUUCGUGAUUCGAUUCUAUUUUGCUAUUAAUUUGUGUUUUUAUUUCCGAAAUUUUGUAACACGAGGUGGUAAUUUGAAGAGUUACGUUGGUUAAAAAAAAUUCACUUUUUUU